AUGCAACGAAUUCUGCCGAAAAUCGUGACACUGUCACGGAAGUGUUCGGUUAUAAAGAUUGCGAAGCCAAUGACAGCGAAUGAGACUCAGAAAUGCCUGAAUCUAGAUACUUCGGAUAUAAUCUGUAAAUAACAUAAAUAUAAAUCUUCAACUUCAUUUUAUUUAUUAUUAUGAUGAUUUCGAAACGUGCGAUAACAAACUGUUUCAGCAGCAUCAAUGGCACACAGCCGAGCAGCCGUCGUCACGGAUACUCUAAACCGCACAGAUGCGAUCCCUUUGUUGGAUCCAAGUGAUGUGUCGUCGUCUUCCUUCCUAUCUACGCCAAGAUUCGAUCCACAAAUCGCCGUUGACAAGUCACCGUUGCCAUUCGAAGAAAUUCCUGGGCCAGCGAUCCUGAAACUCUGGGAGAAGUAUUGGAAAUACGUGCCGCUCCUCGGUACGCAACUGUUUUCCAGUCUGCUAGUCAACAGAUUCACCCAGGGACGUUUAUCAUGGAAUCGCAACGUUACACCGUUGAAAUAUCUUUUCAACGAAUACGGUUGCAUCGUGAGGCUCAAUGGACCUCUUUCAGGGGACAUCAUUAUGAUUCAUAGACCCGAACACAUAGCUGAAAUCUUCAAACAAGAAGGCGACACACCGAUUCGCAGUGGUAUCGAUAUUCUGCAACAGUAUCAUCUCCAUCAUCGAAAGUAUCGUUUGGGUGGACCUUUCUCACUGCAGGCGUCAGAGUGGCUAAAAGUAAGAGAAAAAGUCGAGAAGGAUUUCAAGAACAUGGCUUCCAGUUUUUUCUGUAGGAUCGAUAUGAUCUGCGACGAAUUAAUCGCCAGGAUAUACACGACACGCAAUAAACAAGACGAAGUUCCUCGCAAUUUCCAUGAAGACUUGAUGCGCUGGACCAUGGAAUGCUUCUCCACUAUAGCGUUCAACAAACAUGUCGGCUUUUUAGAAACAUCCGGUUACAACGCCACGUCCGAGCCAUCACAAAUCAUCGAUGCAGUAACGACGGCCCACAAGUAUAUGAAUCGCUGCGAAACCGGUUUCCAAGUCUGGCGGUUCUUUUUAACGCCAUUUGCCAAGAAUCUCUUCGAAGCUUGCGAUGUUCUUGACGGAGUCAUUGGGAAGUACGUUCGUCAGGCGCAAAGUAAACUUCGCGGUCGAUCUGUCUCAGCGUACAAAACGAAAGAGGCCGAAGAAGAUUUACCGGUUUUGGAGAAAUUUCUAUUAAGCGACGGCAUUCAUCCGGAUGACAUCUGUACGAUGCUGAUGGACAUGAUCAUCUUGGGAGUACAAGCGACAGGAAAUUGCGCGGCAUUUCUUCUGUACCACUUGGCCAGGAAUCCGAGGAUCCAGAGGAAACUCUAUGACGAAAUUAUGAAUGUCUUGCCAACUGAUAAUUCCCCUUUAACCGAAGAGGCACUAAAAAAUAUACCGUAUUUGAAAGCGUGCAUUCAGGAAAGUUUGAGGCUGCAUCCUGCGUUUCCAUAUAUCACUAGACUAUUACCAAAGACGAUAUCGCUUCACGGAUAUACAAUACCAAAAGGGACGUUCGUUAUAAUGGCGAAUCAAAUAUCUUCCCAACGAGAAGAAAACUAUGAGGAUCCUGAUAAAUUUAGACCGGAAAGGUGGUUGCACAAUUUUUGCGAGGAUAACACAGAUUUCAGCUGUCUACCUUUCGGUUAUGGUACAAGAUCAUGUCUAGGAAAAAAUUUGGCUGAGACGACAAUGAUGCUGCUAACUGCGAAGCUUAUACGACAAUUCAGAAUCGAGUACGAUUACGCUGACAUCAAAAGCAAAUUCAUGAUGGUCAACGUGCCCAACAAACCACUUCGUUUCCGUUUCGUCGACAGGAUUUAACCUGAGAUCCUAAUGAAAAAUGUGCAACGGAAAGUUUUUAUUAUUGUAGUUUAUUAUAGCCUACAGUGUUCAGUUUUUUGUUAAGUUAAUAAUGUAUAGAAGAGGAUAAAAGAUGAUGAGAAGAAGAUUGUGGGUAAGAGUAUAUGUAAUUUAAUAGAGAAUUCUGUUGAACAUUUAUUAUUAUUAUCAUAGGAAAGCAAUGAAAUGCAUUGAAAUAUAGCAGAACUGCUGCUUAUAAUAUAUGUAUUUACACACUAUUUAGAUUCAAAGCGUAAUAUAGCUCUCAAAGUUGAAAGGACCGAGAAAGUUGUGUAAAGUACCUGCAGAAUAACAGAUAUUACCAUGCAUCAAUAUUCAGUGCUUUUACAGUAUAAGGUUGUAACUUACUUGACUACAAAACUUCAAGGACCAAGCAGUUACAAAUCCUUCCACGUGAAUGGUGAUGGGUUUCUGGCACCUUUGAAUGAUGAACACUGCCUGUUUGCGAACUUCUGGCGAAGCGUUCAUCCAAGGAGAGACAUAAAGUUUCCAGGCAAUAUCCUGUGCCUGUUUAGAAUGUUCAUAAGUUAGAAUGUUCGUAAGUUCGGUGUGUUGGCAGCUAUU